CCGAGAAGGGGGCACAUGAGCAAAACGCGUCAGACAAACAGACACAGACGGGGUGGUAUUGUAUAACACGGGCCUGUAGCUCUUCACAGGGAGCUGCCACUGCGGGAGAGGCAGCGCUUUUCACCCCCGUUUGCUUCUUCCGUUCCGUUUUUAACCGAGGAGGCAAGGCGCCGAGCGGAGAGAGGAGCGGGAUCUCGGUGUUGCAUCGGCCCCUGGCGGAAGAGCUGCACAUGUCGGCACGGUGAGGGACCGUUUCCCCGCCCUGAUACGGUAGGAGGACGGCAGGGAGCUCCGGGGGGCGAACGCCUGGCCAGAAGAACGAUUAACACCUACGAAAAAAAAAUAAACAAAAACAAACAAAAACAAAAACACAAAAACCAACAGUCGUUUUCACGGUCAGAGGAGGAUCCGAUAAACCGAGCGAGAGGGACAACAGUGAUGCGGCAGCCGAGGUGGGCCCAGAUUGAUGAUUUUAUGAUAUCAUCACCGUCAUCCACCUCCAGGACCGAUCACUGAUUUAUUGAUAACUGAUCAAUGAGGAGCAACACAUCCAGGCCUAUCAGCUAACCUGGCCUGGGAUCCGAUUGUGAUUUUUUAUUUUAUUAUUAUUAUUUUUUUUAAUUUGGAGGAGCACAAGGAGAUUAAUCGGUGCUUGAAUCGGUGCUUUGAUUACAAAGAUUUGUGGUCGUCUUUGCGCAAGAAAGGAAUCAAUACAUCGGCGGUUAAAUAUAUAAAUAAAUGUCCAAAUUUAGGCCGAUGACUUAGUCGGUGUGUGACGCCAAUACAGCAGCAGCAGCAGCAGCGGCAGCAGCAGCAGCAGAGAGGCGUGUGUGUGUGUGUAUGUGUGUGUGAGUGUGUUCAGGAGGACAGACGCGCCUGUCUGAGCAUCAUCUGCUAGGCUGCUCCUUUACGGGGAUGGUGCACAUGCGAUUUUUCAUCUGUGCAUGAAAAAGGGAGAGAAAUAAUAAAUAAAAAAUACAAGUAAAGGAUGCAGCGACCCUGAUACUGACGGCAAGGCGCGCAAAACGGACCGGACACCCAGCGAAUACCUCCAAAUAUCUGCCCUCACCUCUCCUCCUCCUCCUCUAACCUCCCCUCCAUCUCUGCACCUCCUCCUCCCCCCUCUCCUCCUCCUCCUCCCUCCUCCUUUAUCUCUCCCCCCUCUUCUCCCCUCUCCUACACACUGUUCAAUUUGAUCAAUUGAUAAUCUAUCGGUGAAUCAAAAAGCCCCCUCCCUCCUCCAUCCAUCCCUCCCUCCCUCCUUCCCUCCCUCCAUCCAUCCAUCUAUCCAUCCGUCCAUCCAUCCAUCCGUCCAUCCAUCUUCUCAUAACUCCCCUUUAAGCACUCCAACACACACUCCAGCUCGCAAAUAACACCGCAUCAUCAUCAUCAACAUCCAUCAUGGAGACGACCAAGCUGCCUCCGUCCAGCCCGUCCUCGCCGACCACCGGCUUCUCGGUGCCCUCAGCGGAGAAGGUGGAUGGCUUCCCCCGCAGGUCGAUGCGCAGAGCCCGGCAGAGGAGGUCCCACAGCUCGUCUCAGUUCCGCUACCAGAGCUCCCAGGUGGAGCUCACCCCGCUGCCCCUGCUCAAAGACGCCCCGGUGGCAGAGUUGCAUGACCUGUUCUGUAAGAAGCUGCAGCAGUGCUGCGUGCUGUUUGAUUUCCUGGACUGCGUGGCUGACCUGAAGGGGAAGGAGAUCAAACGUGCGGCGCUCAAUGAGCUGGUGGAGAGCGUGGCCACAAGCAGAGGAGUCCUCAUAGAGCCACUCUACCCAGAGGCUAUAAAGAUGAUCUCUGUGAAUAUCUUCCGGACUCUUCCGCCCAGCGAGAAUCCGGAGUUUGACCCCGAGGAAGACGAGCCGACGCUGGAGGCCUCUUGGCCGCACCUGCAGCUGGUGUACGAGUUCUUCCUACGCUUCCUGGAGAGCCCGGACUUCCAGCCGUCCAUGGCCAAGCGCUACGUCGACCAGAAGUUCGUCCUGCAGCUCCUGGAACUGUUUGACAGUGAGGACCCCAGGGAGAGGGAGUACCUGAAGACCAUCCUGCACCGCGUCUAUGGAAAACUACUGGGCCUCCGAGCCUACAUCCGCAAACAGAUCAACAACAUCUUCCUCAGGUUCAUAUAUGAAACUGAGCACUUCAACGGAGUCGCGGAGCUGCUGGAAAUCCUCGGCAGCAUCAUAAAUGGUUUCGCUCUGCCUCUGAAGUCGGAACACAAGCAGUUCCUGGUUCGGGUUCUCAUCCCGCUACACACAGCCAAGUCCCUCUCCAUCUUCCACGCACAGCUGGCCUACUGUGUGGUGCAGUUCAUGGAGAAAGAUGCUACGGUCACUGAAUAUAUCAUCAGAGGGCUGCUUAAGUACUGGCCCAAAACCUGCACGCAGAAAGAGGUGAUGUUCCUGGGGGAGAUCGAGGAGAUCCUGGAUGUGAUCGAACCGUCUCAGUUCAUCCGGGUCCAGGAGCCGCUCUUCAAACAGAUCGCAGCCUGUAUCUCCAGCCCUCACUUCCAGGUAGCGGAGAGGGCUCUGUACUUCUGGAACAAUGAAUACAUCCUCAGUCUGAUAGAGGAGAACUGUCAAGUCAUUCUGCCGCUGGUCUUCGCCACCCUCUACAGAGUCUCCAAGGAGCACUGGAACCAGACCAUCGUGUCUCUGAUCUACAACGUGCUGAAGACCUUCAUGGAGAUGAACAGCAAGCUGUUUGAUGACCUCACUGCCUCCUACAAAGUGGAGAAACAGAAGGAGCUGAAGCGUGAGAGGGAGCGCGCCGAGCUGUGGCGAGGCCUGGAGGAGCACCAGGAGCGCCGGCUGCAGAUGCUCGCCGAGGCCGCCCGGAACCAGCGCAACCUCCAGGAGCGGGGCGAGCGAGGGGACCCGCCCGCCCCUUCCUCCCCGCAGACGGCUCACUCCGAUCAGCCCGACCCCGAGCCCAGCGGGGCCUCCUCCGGAGCCGGAGCCGGGGAGAGCGCCACUUAGGUUCCGCUCCGCACAGAUUGGAUAACAGGGGUUGUUAGGGACGGGAAGAAGACACGAAGGCGUUGGUCAAAGUGUUGGGACGGCAGUGAAUGAAACGAUUAGCUGUACUUUGUGUCACCGGGUGAUAGCUUUUUGUCAAACUCGGUGACAUAAGGUACAACUUCGGUACCUCUUUGUCUGGCAAAAUUGUGUGAAACUGGUUCACUUUUUUUUUUUUUUUUUUUGCAGUGCACACGUCACAUUUCAGAUCAGAAGAUGAAUACUCACCAAAAGUGCGGCCUGUCAUUUUGGCCUCACACACAACUCAGAAACCGAAACGGGUCACUGGCCUGCUUCUUCCCACCCUGGGACUCAGAGUGAGAGAGGACAUUUCUCCUUUGGGUCCCAGCGUGACAGAGUUUGUGGCCGUCUGUGUAACAUGUUUUUAUCAUCGAACCAAGCGAGGCAGAGGACGAAAAUCUGUACCGUGACCUCGUAUUCGUCUUUUGGUCAGAGAUGCUUAUUUCACGCGUGGACGGCAAAGUAACGAAACAAAAGGGAAUCGGUUUCACACAAGUGUCCCAAAACUUUUGCCCGCACAAACCAGACACACAAACACACGCACACACAUAGACGCAGGUACAUGCACAUUUAGGUGGGAGCUGCAGAGAGACAGACAGAGAGGAACACACACCUGCUGGCCGCAAACCCCGGUUUUCCCUGUCGAGCCAAUCUCACUCAUACGAUCCAACAUGGCCACAAGCUAAAAGAAAAAAAUUAUAAUGUACCAAAAAUCCACACGAAACAUUCCAUACACACAUGAAUUUCUUUGUCACACACACACACACAUACACUUACACACACACACACACACACACACUCUCUGCUGGUUGUGGUUCUUGUAAACAGCUCUAACUCCUCUGCCAUCCCGUUGGGUUCCACCAAAGGACGAGCCUGAAGUCCCUCAAGGUUAAAAUAACCAAUGAUGAAGAUGAUAACGAUGAUAAUGAUAUUAACUACAAUAAUGUUCCUUCUUCUUACUUGUUACUCUACUACUACUACUCUACUCUACUCUAAGUACUACUGAUGAUGAUGAUGAUAAUGUUUUUAUAUAUAUACAUAUGUCUCUGGAUAUUUCUGUAGUGUAUUAUGGGAGAAACACUAGUGUAGCAGAAACCUUAAAGGGGAAGGCCGACCCGAAUUUCUGAAUUCACAUCUUUAUGUUAAUUGUACGAGAAGGCCAUAAUGUGAGCGCCGAAAUUCAGCGGCAUUCCCCUUUAACAGACCUUAUAGAGGGGAGGAAUGAACUGGAUUUUUUGUUGUUGUUGUUGUUUUAUUUUGUUUUGUUCCGUUUUUCUCAAUUUCAGAUGUUUGUGGUGCGUUUGGUGUGAUUUAAAGGGGUAUUGCAGUCCAAAAACAAUGAAAAAAAAAACGACAAAAAAAAAAAAAACUCAUCCCAUCUUGAGCAGCCGUUACGUUUUUUUUUUUUUUUUUUUUUUUCUUUUUUUCUUUUGUUUGUGUUUCCGGCACACGCACAGCGGAUUGGUUGGGAGUAUUUUGCGGUCGGGGGUUGUUUUUAUUGUGCACUAGAAAUGAGUUUCAAACACAUCACAAAGACACGCAAUUCCUGCUUCACCCCGUUAAAGUCACGUCUGCGUUACGUUCUGGAAGCUGUGUUUUGAGAGGAGUGCACCGUUAAUUUUUUUUGCGACGGGUCAAACCAACGAACGAAUCGGGAGAGAGAGCAGAAAGCCUUGGUUCAGAGCAGAGGCUGCUGGACAGACAAAAGCGAAGCGCACCACAAGUGUCUCGAACCAAAAAGAAAAACACUGAAAUCCAGUUGGAUUUCCAACCUGGAAGCGUCUGUUCCUUAAGGUGCAGCAGGCCUGACGCUGCUAAGAUGGCGACCGCGAUGACGACGACGACGACUAGAACUUUGUUUUCAGUGUGAACAAAACAAAAUCCGUUUAUUCUUGUCUGGUCAUUACGAUAGAGGGAUGGGAUAACGAGAGGAAAAAAAAACAGAAAAAAAAACUAUUUUAGCAAUAUUUUCAUUCUUU